AUUUAAUAAUUAUUUACUAAUUAGAAUGGAUUUGAGAAGUAAUAUAUAAAAAUAAAACUGUGUCGUCUGUUUGAAUUAAAUUUGUAACUAAGUAAGACCUAAAUCACUUAUUAAAUUAGGUAUUUUUGGAUUAAUGUAAACACUCAUUCUGUUUUGCCUGUAUAUAAAAGUGGUCUGAGAAAAGUCACUCAUGUCCAUAAUGCAGAACAAUUUUUUAAGGCUUUUAUGAGCAACAAAUAGACCCAAAAAUAGAGUAAAUUCUAUUUAGUAAAAAUAGCAUUAAAAGAUAUGAAGCAUCACCUAUUAUUAAUAAUAAAGAGGAUAAGCGUCUAAUGGCUUUAGCUGAUAUUGAUAAUAGUUACUACGAUUUAGUUUUAUAAUAAAUAGAUUCUAUUUGA